AUGUCCCCGGAGCCGACCUCCGCCCACGCCCGAUGUCCUUCGGACACUGAGUCCGAAGGUCGAGCAACAACAGUCCCCGUCGUCGAUGUUCCUGAUGCGGACGAGGCUCAGGUAGAUGAUGACAUGGCCCACGGCAGUAGCGCGCUUGUAGGGAUGAUCAGAAUGCAGAUCGGGCUGGGCGUCGCAUGUCGGCAGCAAAUUGCCGAGUCAGUAGCGUUUGCGGCGGCGGCCCAGGGUUCUCGACGUCGGGAUGCCCCUCAACGGACAUUUGCGACCGUGACCACCACCACAACGACGAUGGGCGGUACUAUGUAG